AUGCUACCUUCAAGUCCAGAUGUUCUCGUUUGUCGAACAUAUCAGCAACAAGAAGGAUAUAAUCAAGAUCAAGAUCAAGUUGUCAGCCAACCAUCAUCAUUCGAAUUAAAUUCAUCUGUUGAUGAUGUUUUAUCAAUAGCCCGUGACCAACCGGCAAUAUUACCGUGUAAAGCCAUUCUCUUUAUACCCGAACCAGAACGAGUUAUGUGGUAUAAAUUAAAUACUGAUCAUAAUCAUCAUCAUCAUCAUCAUCAGACAACAUCCACAACAUUAACUGUUGGAAAGCAUUUAAUAACAAAAGAUCCAAGAAUAUCAGUAUUUCAUUAUAAUUUUGAUCCCCUAACACCAGCACGAUGGGAUUUAUAUAUCAGUAAAGUCAAACAAACAGAUCAAUCCAUGUAUCAAUGUCAUGUUAUAUUAAAUUCUAUAUCAUCAAGAUCUAAUAUACGACUAAUUGUAGAAGGUAUGAAAAUGAGAGAUUAG